AUGCGAGCGUCAAUCUUCUGCUCCUUGUCAUUGUGCUUUGUCUCUGUUAUUGCACAUAAAGAUGGUCUUGCUUCCGGUUUAGUAGCCCGCCAGACAACAGAUGCCCAAAUCAUUGUUGCGUAUUCGUCUACGGGUCAAUGCUUCGACUACUUCAAGAAUGGAGACCGAGACAAGUCUCUUGCUCCUUGCAAGAUAUGGUGUAAGGACAAAGGGUCUGAAAAUUACGGCUGCAAAGGUUCCGGUAUACCGAGAGAAAAAUGGGACAAGUCCCUCAUUUACAAAGAUGAAGCUGGAAACGAAUGGGUUCCCGGAAAAUGCGAAUGCAAUUUCGAAAUCGCUGAAGAGAUUUUGGGCAUUGUAGUCGAAGCACUUGAGAAUGUGGACAAAAUCAUCUGCGCCGCCAUGCUGGAGUCCUUCAACACCAUCUUACAAGUCGGCAUCACUGCAGUCGUGCCUGGGGCACCUGCUGUGAGGGCUGCAGUGACUGGGGCCAAGACUUUCCUCGAAAACGGCUUGGAUGCCGCCUCCUUUUUCGGUAAUUGGGUUGGCAAAGCUUGUGACGUGCCGUCUUGGGACUUUGAUCUUUUCGCAGUCUUCAACCCGCUCACCAAUGCACCCGACUCAAUAGGCAAAUCCAAAGGCUGCUUGAAGAAGAAUAAGAGCAACUGCAAAAGAAUGGAGCCCAAACCAGAUCCUCAGCCAUCAUCUAAGCCAGAUCCUGAACCGUCGCCGAAGCCAGAUCCCCAGCCAACGAACAAAGCUGCUGCCACUGAAAGUCUUGAAGGGACCGCUCAAACACUGUCACCAGUAGCAACAUCAGCUGUAUCAUCAGCAUCUGCCUGUAAGAUCGGAAGGCGUGCGAAUGACGAUGACUCACAAAUAUUUGGAGAACCGGAGACAUCAACUGAGGACUGCGGCCAGGGCAAGACAAUUCAUAUCACAAGCACAUCUAAAAACAUGGGGUUUUAUGAGCAAGAGGUGCCAAUGACUUGUUCAAAGCAGUGGACCCAAGCAUGUUACCACUACAGGUCAGUCAUGAGUGUACACACCAAUACGCCCGACAUGGUGCGAUGGACUUGUGGCGCAACAGGGGGAACAAGCCAAACCGGUAAAGCAACCGACAAGUGGGGCUCUAUAGGGAUCGGGCGAAUAGUUAGAAAUGCUCAGCAUUGGUUUCCUUGGGUCAACGGUUUCGUUGCGCGGACAACCUUGGGAGACCCAAACGACAAGACCCCAAAAUUCAAAGGCUGCGAGAGAGACGAGUGGCCACCGAGAUACUUUUGGCCAGGCGAUACGAAAGCAAAUAAGAAAAAGCUGGUGCAAAGAAUUCGGCUUAUUGAGUGGCAUGAGAAUGGGGGUGCUGGUUCAAUGUUCAAGGGGUUUUGCCACAACAACAACGCCUCAUACCUAAAGGCAGAUCAAAAACUAUAUCUCCAGAGGGAAUAUGUCAGAACAAUCGGUCAGGCUAGGGUCGAACCACCAGAUGCGAAACAAAACCCACCGACCAUUGUAAGCCACGUAUCUAUCGAUACCAUGCGAGCAGUAUUCACAAUCAAGGAUUGGGACGGCCUUCCAGAAGAAAAAGACGGUGCGCCCAAAUGGGAUGGUUUGAAGGAAAACAAGUGCUGGCCGAGCCUAUUGGCCCCCGAAGACCCUGGGUUUGCGUUACUUACAAACGACGAAUUUUACCAGCAGGGACAGCACCCAGAGUUAGCUCAUCAUACCCCAGGGUACCGAGGCCUUCCGGAUCUAAGGGUAUUGAAGAAGGUGCUGGAGGACCUGAACGAUGAGCCGCCUUGGCCAUACAGCAGCAUCGACAUCGACACCUUCAAUAAGAGGGCAUUUGACGCCAGAAUGAUUCCUGACGAGUACAGAGGAGUGUUGCCGGGAAUCCCAGCACCUCCUAACGCCGUUCAAUCCUCCGACGCCGUCCAGUCAUCCGGCGCCGUUCAGCCAUCAGAUCAAGCUCAGUCUUCUAACGCUGUUCAAUCCUCCAAGCCGCUUGUUGUACCCCACGUUGUGAGGCGAAAUGUAACCGAGUUCACGGAAGAUGACUCGGAUGACUUUGAGUGGGCCGAUCUUGAUGUGGACGUGGAUGAUUUCAAUGAUCAAGAACUGGAUCUCUGGAUUGAAAAAUACACAGAAUUGGUCAAGAGGCGCAUCGCUCGUGGGUCCGGUCGGACCUCGCCUCAGGUCGCCAUAGCCCAACCAACACCUGUUGUCAACAUUCGGACAUUGACAACAAUGGCUGUGGAGGCCUCGAGGCUCACUCCAGAAAUGCCAAAGGCCACUCAAAGCCUCGGCUAA